CGACACUUCCGUGUUUUCAUUAGGCAUUCGCUGAUGUAAUAACAAUACAUUCCAGCAAUAUCUGACUCAAAAAGUGCUACAAUAUGGCAGAGCAACCUCAGGCCGCUGUCCAGGGUCUCACCUGCGGGAUCUGUCUGGACAAGGUGAAGCAGUCGAAGCAGCUGCCCUGCUUCCACACCUUCUGCAGGGACUGUCUUGAGAAGCACAUCAAGCACUCGAACAACACUGUCACAGACCAGGGGAAAGAGGUCAUCCACUGCCCCCAGUGCCGACGAUCCGUUCCUGUUCCUCACAAUGGCGUCAACGGUUUCCCCAGCAGCUAUUUUGUGAUGGCGAACUGUGCAAUGUCGGAGAUUGAGUCAGGCGAUAUGACAUGUGGAGUGUGUGGGAGUGUGGACUCUGCUGUCGGGUUCUGUAUUGAGUGUCGGAAGAACCUGUGUAUGUCCUGCAAGGAGCUGCACAAGAGUGAUGAGAACACUCAGAACCACCACAUCCUGGUCAUGGGGGAUGGGAGGAAAACUGUUGAAACUAUGGAGAUGUGUGAAAAGCAUCCAAGUCAGGAACUCAAGUUCUACUGCACCGAGUGCAAGGUGCCCGUCUGCACAGAUUGCCGUCAGACAGUACACUAUGGUCAUGAGGCUAUCGACAUAGCUAAAGCUGCAGACUUAGACAGGGAGAGGCUGACUGACAUGGUGGAGGAGCUGAAGAUGCUGGUGAUAAAGUUCAAGGCUGCCAAAGAGAAGGCUGAUGAGGCACGUGACAGGAUGAAGGUGAAUGGGGAGGUGGUGGUCGGUGCGGUCGAAACGCGAAGGGAAGAGGUGAAGAGGAUGGUGGAGCAGAUGUGUGACGACGGAAUCAAGUUUGUCCAGGAGAAGAUGGACGCAGAGAAAAAGGCCAUUCAGGCAGAGUAUGAAGACAUCAAAGAAGACCAUGACCUCCUCCUGAGAUCCAUUCAGGAGUCAGAAGAAGUUCUUCGACUCAGCGCUGCAGUACAAAUUGUCCGUGUUGCUAAAGAUAUCAGUGAUGUCCUCGAGAGAUAUGCUAAACUUCAGGCUAAAGAGUUGGAUGAGAAACAGACCAUUUUUGCAACAGGAAUAUAUGGGACUCAGAUUCUUAGCAACUUUUGUGGUAUGUUUGGCUUUGAACCCUUGAAGCUUAGACCAGCCUUCCAUUUUGAAACUGACCACUUUGUAGAGUUCAGCCUUAUUCCUGUGUCUUCAACACAAGCAUGGGUGUCCUAUUACACCUCUGAAGGAAGUGCACUCGUAAAGUAUGACUUCAAUGGGGAGAAAAAGGAAGAUAUUGCCCUCAAGCCUGAUGGAAAUACUCGAGUUGUUAAGCUCGGCCGGGAGUUUCUGAUGACAUCAAAACAGGAGAGAAAGCUGUACAUCUACAAAGGUAAAGCGGAACCUCUGCAGGAGUUUGCAGAUGUUGGCCUGCCACCCAGAGGUAUGGUCCUUACACAGGAGAACCAAAUUGUCCUCUGUACAUCAGAAUCCAACGGAGACUCUGACAAUGCCCUUCUGGUGUUCUCAGAGCGGGGCGACCUGCUGCAGAAGGUCAUUGAGGAGGAUGGCAAGAAGAUCUUCAUGGCCCCCAGGUACAUCGCAGUCAACAUCAAUGGUGACAUCUGCGUGUCUGACAAAGGAGCCAGCUGUGUAGUCAUCCUGAAUAGGAACUUCCAGGUCAAGGCUCGCUACAUCCCACCAGAGAGUCUCAAGCUUCGUAGCUCAUUCUGCCCUCGAGGUAUCUGCUGUGACAAGUUCGGUCGCAUCAUCGUUGCUGACGGCUGUAACAACAAACUACAUCUUCUGUCUGCCCAAGGUGACUUCCUCCGCUUCCUCAUGGGGGAGUCUGACGGCAUUAAGUGGCCACGCCUAGUUUCCACUGGACCUGGAGACAAACUAUGGGUGGUCUGUCGAGGAAAUGUGCAAGUUUAUGACUACCUUGACAAUUAAACCAUAACCUGCGGACAGGUGAAGUCAGUACAAGGAACAUACCUUUACCACUACCGUUUAAUGUUAGUGUACAAUGCGUCAAUCAGCAGCAUGUCCUCUGUUCAUACUGGAAAGAAUUAAUAUGAAAUGUCAAGGUUCACGGUGGUAAUGUCCAUUUGAUAUUAUGUAUGGCAGGGGACUGGGAUCAUAUUGAAAAAGGAAAUCUGUCCCAGAAAUGCUGUGAAAAACUAAUUAGGCUUCAAACUGUUGAAAAAUAUAGUCUGCUACAAGAAAAAUACCCAAUGUUGUUUUGAAAAAAAGAAAUGUUGAGGCUCAAAAUUUUAAUUCAUAAACCCUCUGGUUUUGCAGCUAUAGCUGAAUAUUUAACUAGUUUCCAUAUGAAAUCCCAGGUCUAUUCUGGAAUAUGUAAUGGUUGGUUCUCAAAUACCAAAAUCAGAGGAUACAAAGAAGCACCUAUUCUGAACUCAGUCUCAACAUAAAAUGUGUGAGUGACUUAGGUGUGAGUGAGUACGUAAGUAAACAGAUGUGUGGGUGAGUGAGUGAAUGAGCGAGUUAGUUAAUGUCUGAGUGAGUGUGACACGAGUGAUAUUCUUAUCCAAAUGAACAGCUUCAAUUGGCAUAUUCUACAAACUAUUGUGUCAUGUUUGUGAAUCAAAUAUAUUCAAAUCAUAAAGUGUUAUAUAACCACAGUAUGCUUCAUUGAUGUUGCAUGUGUUGAAGGCUAAGGCUUUUUGUUACUGUCUGCUAACAGAGGAUCUGUUGAGAUGUUUGUAAGAUGUAUGCAUGACUCACUCUGAUUAAUCUAUUGAUAUGAACAGGUUGUCCAAAUCAUUUAGCCGAUACAGCCAUUAAACAUAUGUAAUUAAAACAUUUGUAUUAUUCCGAAUAUUGGUAUUGUCAAUCACACGAAGAAUGCAUUUAUGAUUUCAUGAUUUUUUACAUUGUAUGUCUAAUUUAUUAAUUUAUCGAUUAGGAUCUGGGUCCCGUUCCUCAAAGCGAUCGUAGCGCUAAGGUGAUCGUAACUCCCAUACUUUAACAUCGACUUACGACAGUCGUAGCGCUACGAUCGCUUUGAGGAACAGGGCCCUGGCAUGUAUUAUUGGAGAAACCAUGUAUAAAAGUUCUUUUUAAAAUGUAUUAAAUUAAUGGCAUAUGCUCAUUGCAAUGUUAAUUUUGAAAAAUGUGUGAUGCAUAUUGUGAUACAGACUGUUAGAUAUGCAUAGACUGAUGAUAGUACAGAAUAUGUUGUGGUAAAUUCAUAAAUGACAACAUUUAGCCAUGAUUCUUGUCAAGCAGAUGGAUACCAAUCUUUUUGCUGAUGUUUAAGCAUUAUUGAUGCUGUGAAUAUGUUUCCUGAGAAGACAAAGAUACAGUAAGGGGUGAGGCUGCCUAUGAGAUUAAGGGUCUUACUUUGAAGCUUGAGUUGUUGAGAACUGCCAUGAUAUUCUUACUACGCAAUCAAUGUUUGCCACACCCUGCUGCAAUACUCAUGUCCACGUGUGUCGUCCAUACUUCAUGGUCUUGUUGACACAUCAUCCAUCACCCGUGACAUUUCUUAUUCAUUGUGUAGUCAUGGUUUUACAGCCAGGCAAGGUUCCAGUGUGAAGAAUGCUAGCAAGUGUCCAGCCAAUGAGGUUUCAGUUACACCUCACAAACGGUUAAGUUCUUUUCAGUUUGUCCAACACUUAUGACCUAGCCUUGCAGUCAUCUGCUCCAUGUAUUGCCUCAAUGCUGUUUGAUUGUGUUGUUGUAAAUAUGAUGAAAAAAGAUGAUAUUAGAGACAGUUCAUAAUUUAUGGCUAGGGGGAGGGGUGAUGAUCAUUUUUAUACAGCAGCAUGUACAAUUUGAAAGCCCCCCCCCCCUAAAA